AGGAAUUCUAUUUCCCCUCACGAUCGAGAGAAGCCUAAAAGUCGAUCUCCAGAUCUUGACAUCGAGAAGAAGAGGCGAAAAGAAGACAGACAUGACCACUCCGAAAAAGGCGGAACGUGGAACGAGCUGGCAGCCCUCUGCUUCCCCAACACCCAGGCGAACGAAGAGGACAAAUGCGAUCAGGACCUCGUCGUCGAUAUCUCAAAUGAGGAACCUCUUUCACCUCCGAAUGGAGAAAUGUCACCCAGGGAAAACGGCACAGAAAGGGGUCCAAAACGGGAGCGACCUCCUAGUCGUAGUGGGUCGUCUUCGAGUAGGAGUACCCCGUCCUCUGCUAAACACAAGGACCAUGUUAAUGAAAAACCUCCGACUCCGGUAUCCAAGCCGGUGACACCAACAAGUUCCGGGUCUACGACACCUAGUUCCAGCGGUAUCAAACCUCAUCCAAAACACGCACUAGAUGUUGCUUUUCGAGGUCCACCUUAUCCAUAUGCCCUACAUGGCGGAGCUGCCCUAGCCGGAGAGCUUGGCUCUGGACCUGCUUUUCCUCAAGGAGUCCUUCAUAAUAACAUUUCGCCAGCACUCAAUUCCUACUCAAGAUCCUUGGUUGGCUUCGACCAUCCCUCCAUGCGAACGAGUUUUGGUAGCAUACCCGGUGGAAAACCGGCGUACUCUUUCCACGUAAAUGCAGAUGGACAGAUGCAGCCCGUGCCUUUCCCUCCGGAUGCUCUCAUUGGACCAGGCAUACCGAGGCACGCGCGACAAAUUAAUACACUGAGCCAUGGCGAAGUUGUCUGUGCUGUCACCAUAUCUAAUCCUACAAAAUAUGUCUACACAGGAGGAAAGGGCUGUGUUAAAGUCUGGGAUAUUAGUCAGCCUGGCAGCAAAAGUGCAGUUUCCGAAUUAGUUUGCUUGCAAAGGGACAAUUAUAUCCGAUCCUGUAAGCUAUUACCUGAUGGCAGAACGUUAAUUGUAGGGGGUGAAGCCAGCACAAUAUGCAUAUGGGACCUCGGAACGCCUACGCCACGUAUCAAAUCGGAACUGACGUCCAGCGCUCCCGCUUGCUACGCUCUGGCCAUCAGCCCAGAUUCCAAAGUGUGCUUCAGCUGUUGUAGCGACGGCAAUAUAGCUGUUUGGGACCUCCAUAAUAAUAAUCUAGUCAGGCAAUUCCAAGGUCACACAGACGGCGCGAGCUGCAUAGACAUCUCCAGUGAUGGCACAAAACUCUGGACAGGAGGUCUGGACAACACAGUGAGGUCGUGGGAUCUAAGAGAGGGUCGUCAGUUACAGCAACACGACUUUACCUCUCAAAUAUUUUCUUUGGGUUACUGUCCAACUGGAGAGUGGCUUGCAGUCGGAAUGGAGAGCAGUAAUGUUGAGGUCCUGCACUGCAGUAAACCUGAUAAGUAUCAACUUCAUCUUCAUGAGAGCUGCGUCUUAUCGUUGAAAUUCGCGUCCUGCGGCAAAUGGUUCGUGUCCACGGGAAAAGAUAACCUCCUGAACGCUUGGAGGACACCAUACGGAGCCUCAAUUUUCCAGUCGAAAGAGUCUUCGUCUGUCUUGAGUUGCGACAUUUCUUCUGACGACAAGUAUAUAGUGACAGGGUCCGGCGACAAAAAAGCCACUGUUUAUGAAGUCAUCUAUUGAAUCCUAUCCCAAUACCACUCCCCAAGAAUGAACUGAAUAUAAUGGUACCACUCCACCGGGUCGAGGCCACCGUUACUUCUCUCCUGACGCAUAAUCGCAAGAUAUGGCAGACAAGCAUGUCGGACAGCAAGUCAUCGGAUUGCUGCUUAUGAAGCGUUGCUUUCCGAAUCUCAGCCAUCUUGCGGACACGAGGCAACGGUCUAACACAGUAAUUGUUCUCGCUGUGGGUUCAAAACUGAUUAUAUAAGAACAAUAACAUAGUUUUCAUUAAGUUCCAAAAUCUCAUCACCAAAGGAAAACCACUUAGUGGACCUUUUUUUUUUUUUUUUUUUUGUUUUAUUUUGUUAUUACGAUUCAACUCCGCUUCUUGCCUCAUGACUUUCCAUAGGAGGAGGUUGACGGUGGCUUUUGCAUCGUGUUUGAGACGUGGUGUGUUCUUCCGUUUCAUUUUUCUUCUGCAAGCUUAGAAAGAAACCUUGUCAGAGCAGUAUCGAGGAUGCCUUCAUAAGUUCCAUGCACCACUCACUAAACUACUACUUCUACUAUUACUACUACUACUACUACUACUACUACUACAACUACUGCUAUUACUACUACUACUCGGAGCCGCCACAUCCUACAGUCUUAUGUUCCAAAUCGCCGCUUAUGGCCCGAGGCGGCACUCGAUGUAACUGUCGAAGUAAAAAAAAAUUGAAAAUUAAUAUCCUGGAUAUGUUACCUCGAAACACGCAUAGUAAGGAACUGAAACUUCUAGAAUUUUACUAUUUAUGGAACAUUGUCGCUGCAUUCAAAAUUAAAGGAACGGUCUUAGGGCGCAGGAAAAUCAAGCAUUUCGAAAGCGUAACUUUUUUCCGUAUAUUAUUUCAUAAGAAAUGUUUUACAUACGGUUAAAUAAAUAACGUAACUGUGCAGAGA